AUGAACAGUAAUUCACAGGUCGUCCAGGCUACUAAGGUUACGGAGACGUUUCAACAAGAUGCUGUGGAUUUGUAUUUGACAGCCAUGAACUCUGGUAAACAAGAACGGGAAAUGGCGGAAUUCAUUAAGAAAGAGUUCGACCGCCGACAUGAAAGAAUAUGGCAUUGUGUCGUGGGUAAGGACUUCGGAUGCUAUGUAUCCCAUGAAGAAAAUCAUCUGGUGCGCUUUUAUAUCGGUGGAAACGCCGUGGUGCUGUUCAAAACCAGUAAGUCCAAAUCCAAAUUUCAGGAG